GUUUGGAGCAUGUCCGUCGCGACGCGUCGCAACCGAUCAAUAAAUUCGCGAGGUGUGAAUCAUAGUCGAAAAUACCGCAAAUAAAGCGCGUAACAAUAAAAAACAACUCAAUUCGGCAAUUUAAACCGGUAACAGCUCGUUUAGAGAGAGUUUCAUCGAGCAACCCUCUGCAGAAACAGUUGACAGUCGCGCACCGCCGGCAUCUUAACGAUCCAAACACCCAUGCAACCUGCUCUACCGUCUUUUGUUUACGCCUGAGCCGACUGUGCAAAUCGGAGCGUCAUUUUUUGUUAAUAAACAGCUCUUGUCUCCAAAUUGCUGGGUUAUGGCCUCUAAAGUGAUUGCUAAGUUGCCCGUCCAGCCUUUUGCCCAGGUCAACGGGGUGAAUAAAACGAGCUUGGGCAACGUUAAUGGCGAGGUUGUGGCUGUUUCUAGGACUCCAGAGCUUUCCUUCAAAAAUCUGGAUGGUCCCAAGACGCAGGAGGCCUCAAGAGUGGCGCAGCUGGAGCAGAACAUCCGCUUUCUGCAAGAACAACACCAGUUGAUGCUUAGCGGACUGCACAACGAAAUCGAGAGUUUAAGGAACAGAAACAAAGAGCUGCAGUUUCAACUGGUUUUUGUGAAAGGUGCAGUGCCCAGCACUCCUUCGUCGCCCGAAGAUGAAUCCAGAUACAAGACGUACAACAGUCCAAAAACUUUCAACAUCACACCGUUGCAAGUGGAACUGUUGGAAAAGGAGUUGGGAGACUUGAAGCUGCAGCUGCAGGAAGCUGAAAGUCGCAACGUCUACCUAUCAGCCAUAACCGAUGAACAAAAAAAAAAACUGGAAAGGUACGAACGGGACCGGGAGAAAGAACGCGAACGAGCCUGUCAACCGGAUCCUGAACUGCUGCGCAAACUGGACGACGCCGAGGCCAUAAUACGCAGGCUGCGCAGGGAAAAUUCAGACCUGCGCAGAGAGACGCAGGCGGUGGUGCAAGCCGCGCAGCAGCAGCAGCAACAGUUCCACCCCCACCACCACCACCAUCACAACAACGCGAAUGGCGGUGGGGGCGCCGGUGGUAACAGCGGCGGAGGGGGGGACAGAUCGCCCAAUCACGCGAGCUCGAGAGAAACCAACGGCGGCGGCGGUGGGAACUACCACGGCAACUCCAGGGGCGGUCAGGGACAAAACAGGGGAAAUCAUAGACAUCAUAGGGGACACGGCGGUGGCAACAACCACUUCAGGGGCAACUGGUUCCCCCCUCUACACUCGCAAAGCUACUGGCAGGGCGGGAGCAAAAACCAGGUUCCCGUAGGAGAAGCCGCCGCGUUGCCAAAUCUCCAAACGCCAGACGCGGCAACGGGGAGCGCCUGUCAACAACCGCCGCAACAAUAUCAACAGCCACAAGGUCGAAGGUCGCACAACAACAACAACAACAACCAUCAUUACCAUAGCAACGGUGAGAGUAGAAAGCACCGGCAGAAUAAAGGCGGGAAAGCAUCCUAAUGUGUACCCACCUUUAACGAGGCACACCGCCUUUUGUUAUGCGCAGUCGCAUGCGAUACGAGACCAGGGUUGACAUUGACGUGAAUAUUUUUCGACAGUGUUGCCAAGUUUGUAAUUUGGCCUUAACAGCGUCAAAAUUUGAACAAAACCCACCACCUUAAUAUUGUCAAAACAUUCAAACUAAAUACAACCCAAACAAGACAUUUCUGGAGAUCCUACGUUAUACCUGGCAACACUGUACGAUAAAAGCGAUGCUGAAAGCAAUAAGUAUGAAAUGCGUCUGCGCGUGCGUAGUUGGUUGCCUAAUCCACUUCAUAUAACGCUUAAAGGCUGUUUUCAACAAAACAAAUAGUAAAAUAACUUUGUAAACUGGGUAUUCUUAACUUUUGACUUGCAUAAUAACUUUUAAUAUUAUUAUUUGACAGUUUAUUGUUGAUUACAUUUUUUAAAUACCACAUUCCCAGGUGGACGAUUUUUUACGAUUAAAAUCAAAUCUUGAGUACAAUUUUUGACCAAUUAAAAAAAUUAUUCAAGUUACCUAAAUAAUAUAAAUAGGAAUAAAAUACCUAUAGACUGUUCUUUUAUAAAUAGUAUUAAGAAUACCAUCUACUGGGAAUAAUUAUUGUUAGCAAUCUUGCAAUUUGAAUCUGAUGUUAAACUAUAAUAAACCAUUUCUUAAUAACCCAGUUUAGUUGACAUUUUUAAUGGCAUUUGACAGCUAAAUCUGUCAAAUUACAUAAAAAAUAAACUUUAGACGUAGCUAUGAAUGUUGAAUUGUUGUUAGUACAAAAUUGAUUAAAUAAACUGGGUUUUAAAACAUAGAAAAAUAAAAUAUUGAUGUUUUAAAUUUAUUCACAGCUUUCAUAAAUUGUUUCAGAGUUAAAAUAUUGUGAUAUAUGGUCUGAAUACCCCCUCUCCCGAAUAUUAUAUUCCUAAGAAAUGUCUAGCUUCAUACGUGAUCUAUUUUAUAAAAAAAAACAA